UAGCAUCCAUGUGUUAAAAAUUGUCCCCAAUCUACUGGUGUCAUCAGUGUGAAAAGUGAAAUUUGAAAUUAUUUGUGGAUGUAAUUAUCAAUAUGAGCUGGGAGAAGAUUACUUGAAAUGGAGGAAGUUUACUCAUUAAUUAGCGGGUUAAGUAGCCAGUAAUUAUGUGGAUUAUUUGUAUAAACUCUGGGGGAAUAUAAAUUAUUGUACAGUUAUUCAGAGUUAUCUUAAGACUGUAGAUUAUUGCUCAUGCUUACAGAGAUAUGUGAAACUGCUACACAUAUAUUUAUAUACAUAUAUAUACAUGUAUGUGUAUGAUUGUGUGUUAAAAUCUAGACUUAAAGAUUAAUUGAUAUAUUGUUGGCCAUAGUUUAACCAUAUAUUAUGUGUAUGUGUUUGUGACAGUCAAUACAUGAGUGAAAAUUAAGAUACAAAACUUUAAACAGGAGCUGAGUGUUAAGAUCAAAGCUGAUGGUAUAUAUACAGACAGAUAAUCUGCGUUAAUGUCACUGAUUAACAUUGUGUGUGUAUUAAGUGAAAUUAAGGUGUAAUAAGGUGUAAAUUUUGCUACUCCAAAUACCUAAAUUAGGAUUUAUACGGAAAUAAAGAGUGGAGAGCUGUAAGUUGUCGUGAUUGUUAAAAAAUGAGAAAGAAAACAACAGGCCAGCGCUGCUUUGAUGGUAUAGAAGAAAAUGAGGAAGGUACACGAUCAUUGCCCAUCCAUUGCAUCAUUGAGCAGACAAGUGGACCACCCUCAUUUGACGUCCCGUCCAAUGAGAAGUCUGCGCACACCAGCGUGGAACUGGACAGCUAUGCCAUACUGCCGAGCUCCACACCUAUAUCCGAGUGCGUCCAGUCCGCGCUGGUGAAACUCGGCUACAACUCGGCAGAAGUUCUAGGGGCUAAAGGUGCUAUUCAAAUAAAAAACUGGAAGCCGUUAAGCUUUGACACAAUUGCGGAGAAUCAGUCAUCCAACAUUGAAGAUUUGCUAGGGGAACUAACUCAGGUUGUGACUCUUCGUAUCAGAAUAUGCAGUAAUGCCACAAAGUUGACAUCAGCAGAAGAAGUGAAGGAACGACUACUGCAGCUUCUACUCAGUCAGUCCCAGGGCUUGAUGCAGAGUACUGGAUGUACAAACAUGGACAAGAAUGGCCUAUAUCAAAAUGGACAACAGCAAACACUGGCCACAAUCUCCCCUGAGAUGAGACGAGCCUUCGACAAGUGGUACGAGGAACAACUCAAGUCCUACACUGACGGGUCGGCACCAAACAAUGUUAACCUAGCCUCCGUCGCUAAAGAGCUCCUUGCCGUUCAACAGCAGAAGAUCAGCACAGUUUUGGCAGGAACGGGCAAUGCCCAUGACACCCUAUCAUCUGCAGGUCACGACCUUUCUAUAGGUCAAGCUCUAGGUCACAGUCAAGCGUUGCUGGGGUCGCAGUUGUCACAGUCAGUGUCCCGACCAAAAGCUUCGUCCACUCCAACUACGGAGCCAUUCUCUCAUCCCGCGUAUCAGCACUACCUGCCUGGGAAGACACGCAUGCGGACCUCAUUUGACCCGGAGCAUGAGAUUCCCCGACUGCAGCGCUGGUUCUUAGAGAGCCAGCAUCCGUCGCGAGAUCAGAUGAUCCAGUACUUAAACGAACUGAAUUCACUGGAUUCCCGGAAAGGUCGAAGGCCGCUCGAUCUGACAAACAUCAUAUACUGGUUUAAGAACGCCCGAGCGGCCCACAGGAGGGCGACGAAGAAUAGUAGCGACGAUUCUUUUGAAAUGGAAGAAGACAAAGACUUGUUUCCUACUAAUGGGGAGAGUAUCCCAUUCUUGCCCAAUCGCAAUGCAGUUUACAUGGUGCCUUACCCACAGUUCUCCAACAUCGGCCUGAAUAGUCACGCUUUGGGCCUUCUUAGUGCUCAUGGCAAGCUAAACGGACAUAUUCAGGACCGCGAGCCCUGUGACCUCUCUUUGAAUGGUUCAAGGUCAAGGUCACCAAAUAAUGACAAUGUUAGUAAAAAAUCAAAGUGUGAAUCAGCUCCCUACAAUGGCAAAGAAAAUGACAAAAGUGUAAGCGACAAGCAAUCUUCUAAUGAAAGAAUGAAAGACAAAGAUGAAGAAGAAAAUGUAGACAUUGAUGUUGAAAAGGUGCUAGAUAAGGAAGUGGACAGUUCACCACCCAGGUCAGAUGAGGGUUUCUCCGAGAUGCCAGAAAAAUCAGGGCGGAAGAGCUCUUCACCCAAAAAAGACAGUUCAACCAUUGAAAUUAAGCCACUGGUAAAGGCAGAGCCUGUUGUAGACGUGCCCACAGAUCUAACAGUGGAUCGAAAAAGUAAGCCCAACUCAGAUUCCAUGAAAGAGGAUGUCAAAAAGGAACGAGAGUUAGACAAUGAGCAGCCAAAUGACUUGUCAGUGAAAAACACUUGCAAAUCGGAAAGUGUUUACUGUAGAGAUCUCACAAACAGCAACAAACGACCCUACCAAAGCGAUGACGACGACGAUGAUGACUUGGAGUCCGAUUAUGAUGAUGAUCGCUCGAUGGAUGGGUCUGUAUCUAGUCAUGAAGACAACAAGCUGUCGGCACUGCGCGACUCUUAUCUAAACUCAACACACGGCCUCAAUCUAGGUGUUGUCACGGGCAGUCCGUCGAGCCAGACGUUGCAUAUACCACAGUUCCCCCACCCACUCGCUAUGCAUUACUUUCCCUUGAAUACUCAUUUCUACUCACAGCAAGCCAAUCAAAUGAAGUUUCAUAGUCAUCAGCAGCAGUCACCAACUCAGCAGACGAUGCCGAAGUCGUCUCCGGGUGGUGGUCAGGAAAAUAACUCACACAGCAGUCGUAAACGACGCACUCGUGUUUUCAUCGACCCUCUAUCUGAGAUUCCUAAGCUUGAGAAAUGGUUCAUAGAUGACACUCAUCCCUCUUCGUACAUGAUUGACAAAUAUUGCGAAGAACUGAACAGCUCCGAGUACCGGCAAAAGUUUCCCAAACUCGAGCCAAAAAAUGUUCAGCUCUGGUUUAAGAACCACCGCGCUAAAGUGAAGAGGAUGCGUGUUGGUGGGAUGGGAGAUCAUAUGUUUGUUUGAGAUUAGGCAUCAUUUUUUUGUUACAUGAUUGUUUGGUUGUAUUUGAUGAUUUCAUGGACUUUGUUGUUGUAAAAUGUUUGACAAUCGUUAAUUGUUGUUAAAGCUGUUGUAUUGAUGAGUUUGUUUAUUUUUUUGACUUUUUGUUCUGGUUUUUACACGCGAAGGAUUUUGUCUUGUUAACAUCAAUUUUGUUAAUUAUUCAAAGUAAAUUUAAAGUGAUUUUUUAACAAAUCAGUUGCAAACACUGUUUUUAUAAUGAAUUCUAUCUAUGCUUUUAACAUUUAUGAUUGUCAUCAUUUUAUUGAAAAGAGAUUCCCUAUGUAUAACUUUGAGAUUUUUAAUUUUUAACUGUGCUGUUUCAUUUAUUUAUCUUCAAUGUCAACAGUUGCUGUGCAAAUGUAAAUUAUAUUAUUAUAUUUAUGGCAUUAGUUUCAUAUCUAUUUAUGCAUCAUUUUCAUAUUUAAUUUUCUGAUAGUGGUUUGCAGUAUAAAUUGCUGGAAGUUUUUCAAUUUUAUCUACGCAAUCAGCUAAACGUGUAUGUUUGCGAAGAGAUUUUGUUUGUACAUGUGUAAUUUGUCAGCAUGAUAAUUUAGAUUGUAUAUUUAUUGCCUUUUAAAAUGUUUAUCAGAAGAUGCAAUAUUGAUGUACUUUUUUGAUUUUAGUAAAAUAAAAUAAAUGAUGUGUUUCACUUAUUUGUUAGCCUUGAGCUAAAUGUUUCCUAAUUUUUAAAGGCAUGACUUAAUGUUGGGCACAUGAAAUUCUGAUUCAAUAAUAUAUAUACAAUUAAGAAAUUAUUUAUUGUUCGUUAUUAAGCAAAAAACAACAAUUUGGAGUUCUGACACCUAGCGCUUAAACCAAUGUGACAAUUUUUCCCCGAGUUAUGAAAUAACCACAUUCGGUAUGACUGAAGAGUUAUUCAUUUACCAAUAAUUAUUGAUAUUUCCCAAAACCUGUGAUUGCAAAAUGAUUAAACAAGUGGUUUUAAAUUAUUAAAAGACCUACAUUUUGCAAUGCUGCAAUGACGUCAAGGACUACCUGUUGGGUGUAAAAUGUGUAGAUAAAAAGUAUACCAUUAUUCUUGGCAAACAGAGAAUUUUUGGCAUUUAUUAUUAUGUUAGAGUACAUAAAUAUGAAAUAGGACUUUUAAUAACUCAAUACUUUUGGUCGAUUUGCUAAUUUAUACAAAAAUUAUGAACACUGUUUAAUGUCUCUUACCUGGUAUAUAUCAUUGUAUUCUAGACAAUCAUCUAUGUUAUAGGUUUUCUUUUGUAAUUGUUUUCUGAAGUAAUGUAAUCAUUUUCCGUUGUGUUCUUCUAAUGCUCCAAACAAAUUCAUGCACAGGUUUUGGUUUGAUUUGAUAUUUAUUAAUAUUUGACCUCUAAUGAACUGUACUGUAUUGCAGUUAUUUGCUUUACUUGAAGUUGUUGAUGCCUACUACUUAUAUUUAGUAUGUUAAUCAAAUAGGUAUUAUUCAGACAAUAACGGAAUAAAUUUGGAAGGUUUUAAAUGCUAACAAAUACUUUGUACAACUUCAAUGAACUUUCAUAUAAAUAUGGUAGCAUGUAAAGGCUUUAACUAUAACAAGGUUAUUUAUUGUCUUAAUAUUGAUUGAUUGGAUCAAACGGUGAUUCAAUUUUUGCUGAAGCCUUUCAGCUCUGAACUGAUAUUUUCUUUAUAUGACAUUUUUAUUCAGUUCCAUUAAUUUAAUUCGUGUACAUUGUGGACUAAUAUAAGUAUAUACUGUCUCUUACGAAGAAAAAUAUAUGUCUCAGACGAAUUUGUGCCCGUUUGCAUCAAAUUUUGUGAUUGUCAUUAAUUAUAUGUUUAUACAGAUCCUUUAAUAUAUAGUAGACAAAACAUUGUGUAUGCAACAUAUCAUAAAAGGCAUGUUUUCUAGAUACUCAUGCUUGGCUGUGAGAAAGGGUGUUUAUUAAUUUUGUUUAUGAAUGUUACAUUGAAAAAGUACAUCCCAGUUAUGCUGCAAUGUUUUAAAUUUUAUUUCACAAUUUGUAUUCCGUUAUAUAACUAUGUAAAUUAAGAAUACUUACAAAUAAGCCCUUGAAUAACUUCUUUUGUUUCAACUGAGCCUUUUAAGAAAAAAAUAGUCAAUUUCUGAAAAAUAAGUGUUUCAGUUUUUUAUUUUCAAAAGACUUGCUAUACCAUAUAACUGUGUUGAUAUUCAGUGUUCAAGUGUUAACAUGUUGAUAUGCAACAAUUUUAAUGUGGGUUAAAUGUAUUUGCAACAAUUUACACAAUACAAGUGUUCACAUGUCAAUUGAUAUGCGACAAUUUUUAAUGUGCGUCACUGUCUUUGCAACAAGUUACAAAAUGCUGAUGUUUGUGUUAGAUUUUAAUUUGUGUUUGACGACAACUAUGAUUGGUUGAUUAAGGAUAAAUUCUAUUGCUUUAUUUAAUUUCAACAUUCCGAUAAAAAUGAAAAAUCUUAGAUUUUUCAGUUAUCAUGUUUUGAGUCUUGCUAUUAUUGUUUUUAUUUUGUGUAACAGAUACUGAUUCCCUAGGUCAUUACCAGAUACUCUUAAGGAAUUUAACUUUCUUCCAUUGCCUAGAACGAUUAUUGCAAACUUGGUUUCAUUUUAAAGAACUUUUCAGAAAAAAAUCUUUCUAAAUAAAGUAGGGAAAAAGUAUUUCCUAGUGGUAAAUUUUUCAAUAUAAAUCAUAAUAGGGGUAUUUCCCAUAUUGUUAAUAAAAAAGAUCAUUUUAAUUUAUUUACGAUAAAGAAAGACAUAUUGUUAAAGUGAAUAACUUAACAUGAGAACAUUUGGUUUAACAAAAUUUAGGUACCAUUGUGCUUGAAAAAAAAAGGUUAAAUCAUUUUUUCAAUUUGGUAACCAUAGUUUUUUACUAUGGUUUUGUAUUUAAGGCCUUGUGACGCGAAACAUUUAAGUAACAGACUUCUAUUGUUUCAUAUAGCAAUGGUAAGCAAAUAUUAAUGUUUCUCUCUUAACUGCCGAUAUUUCAUGCAUUUGUUGGCAAAACUUUUUAUUUUAGUUCCUGUUGUUUCUGUUAUGGUUUUAUUUGACAACUCUACCAGUUCUUGGUACAUUUAUGUGUUUGUUAUAGUUUUUGUUUCCAUUUUUUCUUACUUCUGUUUUUGUUGAAGAUUGCUGUUUAAGAAGUAACUGGUCUUGUCUAUAUCUGUCAACGCAACUCUUAUCAAUUUAUACAAUUAUUUUGUUGUGAAAGUGAUUAAAUCUAGGUGCUAUUGUCUUACAGGUAACAACCAAUAAGAUAUUUGGAAAUAUUCAGAAAAUGCUAGUUAUAAGUUGUUAUUUUGUGUGUGGGAACGUUAUAUGUUGGUAUUAAAUUAUAUAAUCUUAAAAUUAAAAACAAAACAACAUAACAUGUCCAUUUUGUAUUUUACUUAAUGAGACAUUAUUAUUUAUUGUAUAUUUUAAUAUGAUUAAAAGCAAAAUGUAAAGAAAAUCAUAAUUAUGAUUUUAAAGUAAAAAGCAACAUUUUUAAACUAACAAAAUAAUUUUGGUUGAUUUUGUUUUCAGCCAUUGACACACAAUUCGUGCAUCAUUUUCUUUUUUUGUGAUUUUUCAUUUAAGACAUUUGUAUUUGAUUUGUGAUUCUUACAUUUCAAACAUGGAAACGCAAUUUCAGGCAGUGUGCCAAUGUGCAGGACCUACGCAUGUGUUUUAAAGGGGACAUUUGCAAUAACUUCUACUAUGUUCUGUCGUUUAUUUUGUUGUUUUUGUUGGGGUUUUAUUUCUAUUGUUCUCUAGAGUUACUAACAGGAAUCUGUCACAAAAAUACUUAGUGACAAAUACAUGUUAUCUACACAUAUGGCUAAAUUGUUCAUGGCAAUAUGUCAUAUUAAUCUUUUUUUGGGUUUUGUUUCUUGUCAUGUCAUGAAACCAUGCAUUAUACAAUCGUAAAGUGGCACUUGUGUUAACUUCAAGAGUAUUGUUUUCAAAUGUCUUCUUUUGUGAAGAAAAGGGGAGAAAAAGUUCUGUGUUCAUGUAUUAUAUAUUUUUUCUUUGGUUUAAUACAAGAUUAUAUGGCAUGCAUGGAGAAGAAUAAAAUCACUUUGCAAAUACA